AUGGACAAAAUCAAGCCUUUCAGUGAUCUGUUCGACAAGUCCUAUAUCGAGGCAUCCAUGGAUGGAAUGGAACAAAACAAGCAAAACGUUAUGGAUGGAAACCAGUCCACAACAUUGGUAAGCAAUGGUUGUGUUGAUUUUAGAGGGAGAAUUGCCGAUAAGAGAACCACCGGAGGAUGGAAGGCCUCUCCUUUCAUCAUUGUCAAUGAGGUGGCUGAGAGGUUAGCAUUUUUUGCGGUGGCGGUGAACAUGGUACCCUACCUUUAUGUUGAGAUGCAUCAGUCACUCCCUAAUGCUGCCACUCAUGUAACUGAUUGGAUUGGAACUGCUUAUGUUCUGACCCUCCUCGGAGCAUUCCUUGCUGAUUCUUAUUUGGGACGGUUUUUAACCAUCAUCAUCUUCUCUUGCAUCUAUUAUGUGGGCAUGGUGUUGUUGACACUUUCAGCAUCCAUAGACAGCUUACGUCCACCACUAUGCAUCAAGCAACCCUGCAUACCAGCAUCAUCCAACCAAACAGCCUUCCUCUACGGUGCACUGGCCCUCAUCGCUCUCGGAACCGGGGGCAUCAAGCCUUGCGUUUCCUCCUUCGGCGCCGACCAGUUCGACGAGGCCGACACAAGAGAAGUCCAAAAGAAGUACUCAUUCUUCAACUGGUUCUUCUUCGCAAUCAACAUUGGUGCACUCUUGGGAAUCACCUUCAUGAUGUACUUACAGCAAGAGAAAGGCUGGACUUGGGGGUUUGCGGUUCCGACGGGGGCGAUGUUCUGCUCGAUAGUUAUAUUAGGAGCUGGUUUUCGGAAGUAUAGGUACCAGAAGCCGAUGGGAAGUGCUUUUACUAGGUUCAUUCAGGUGAUUGUGGCGUCUGUGAGGAACCAUAUGAGAGGAGUUGAAGUGGGAGUUGCGGGUGAUCUUCAUGAGGUUAAAACUGAGAAAUCUGAUAUUUUUGGUGCUCGAAAGCUUGCUCACACUGCACAGUACAGAUUUUUGGACAAAGCAGCUGUUGUAACAGACCCUGAAGGCAACACAAAGAGCCGUUGGAGAUUAUGCACAGUCACACAAGUAGAAGAAUUCAAAUCUUUCAUCAGAGUCCUACCCAUAUGGGCAUCAACCAUAGCUCUCUCCCUUUCAUUUGCUCAACUCUCAACCUUCUUCAUCACACAAGCCAGCACAAUGGACAGAAAACUAGGCAAACACUUUGAAAUCCCCGCCGGCUCCGUCACGGUCUUUGCCGCCAUCAACGCUCUCAUCCUCGUCCCCAUUUACGAAAAAUUAAUCGUCCCAUUUCUCCAGCGAAAAACCGGUCACCGUCGUGGCAUCACUUCACUCCAACGCAUGGGUGUCGGCCUAUUCAUCUCCAUAUUCGCCUUGGCCUCAGCUGCAUUGGUCGAAAAUAUGCGCCGGAACAACUCUAAUCCGACGAGCUUGUCUGUCUUCUGGUUGUUUCCUCAGUUCUUCCUUAUUGGUAGUGCUGAAGUGUUCACUUACGUCGGCCAACUGGAGUUUUUCUAUGACGAAGCGACCGAUGGGACUCGAAGCAUUAGCAGUGCUUUGUUUUUAACUGAGAUUGGGAUUGGAAGUUGGUUGAGUACUGCACUGGUGAAGAUCGUUGAAGGUACCACUGGUGGUUUAGAGAAGGGGUGGCUAAGGAAUAAUCUGAACACAAGCAAGCUUGAUUACUUCUACUGGAUAUUGACGGCCAUUAAUGGAGUGAAUUUCUUGAUAUAUUUGCUAGUUGCAUUGAAAUUUAAAGGAAAGGAUGCUGCAAAUGGACGUAUACAAGAUGUGGGCACCAUGGAUUUGGAUGGCAAGGCAAGAGGAACAGAUGAUAAAAGCGAUGAAUUUCAAAUUGCAUUGAAAUUUAAAGGAAAGGAUGCUGCAAAUGGACGUAUACAAGAUGUGGGCACCAUGGAUUUGGAUGGCAAGGCAAGAGGAACAGAUGAUAAAAGCGAUGAAUUUCAAAGUAUGGCACUCUAA